AUGAGCGAGCCCCCACAUACCAUAAAGGACACGGUGCCCAACCCCGCAGCCAACAUUCCUCCAAACCCAGUUCCCCUUGUAGACGAAGUCCCUAGCAAUUCUUUGAUGUGCUAUCUGGCCAGGAAGGAUGAGGAAGAGUAUACUGUCAAGGAUCACUGGGUCCUCAGGAGUAAAUCAGAGGUCCUGAAUGAAAUUUGUAUGAUGGAGAAGAUGGAUGGGAUCUGUGGUGUUCCUCACCUUGUUGAAUAUUGGCUUGUGGAGAUGGAACACGGCGAGGUUGACAAAACAGUGAAGUAUCGUCAAAGGUCCCGCACAGCAUAA